CAUUCACAGGGACCUUGUCUCUGCGGUUUACAACAGGACUGAUGGUCUCCGCUUAUCAGCGGCGCAUGCUUCGGCAUUGCGCAACUAUGUCACUGAAUUUUGAUGCAGUUAUGCUUGGGAGAAUGGAUGCAGCCUGAAGCUUUCUGGGAUGUCGGUGGUUACUGUUUUUGGUCAUUUGAUGCACGUUUUGCGUGAUACCUAACUGUGCUUCAACAUGCCGCUGCAAUCAAUGAAACCUGGGACAGCUUUCAAAUUGGGCUUUUUUGGAAGAGUUGAAAAUAGGUGUCUGGAUGCUCCGCGGCGCACCGUCCUCGGCCGCCCUGUGCUUCCCAAUGGCCGGGAGUUGACCACAAGCACGAGGAUGACGCUGCGCGAGCAGCUGAGAGAGAAGAUCUCGGCAGCUUUUUACCACCACGGACUGCUGUGUGCCUCCUACCCAGUACCCAUCAUCCUUUUCACCUCCGCCAGCAUCCUCACAUGCUGCUAUCCGUUGCUGAGGCUUCCUCUACCUGGGACAGGUCCUGUGGAGUUCACCACCGGGGUGCGAGACUACAGCGUCCCUUCCCAUGAGCCUCUGGGAGACCUAGAACGACCAGACUGGUACCGCGGGCCUCCGGUCGCCUACAUCCAGCAGGUGUUGGUAAAGGCAGCCGUGUCUCCGUGGGACAGCAGCCUUGUGCCGGUAGACGUGUUUCGUUCGCCUCUGGGGAAAGUCUUCAGUCUGCUGGAGGAGAUUCGCAACCACGUCCACUCCGAUGGCUCUGGCAUUCGAAGCCUGGAAGCGCUGUGUCUCCAGGUGACAGACUUGUUUCCAGGGUUACGGCGGAUGCAGUCAGUGCUGCCAGAACACGGCUGCCUCCUCGUGUCUCCUGGCAACUACUGGCAGAACCAGCGGGACCUGUUUGACUCGGACUCGGACCUCCUCAAGACCAUUCAGAAACACGAACCGAAAGGACUGCACACCUCAGCGACACUACGAGACCUGCUGUUUGGCGUCCCUGGAAAGUACACAGGAGUCAGUCACUACAACAGGAAGAGAGUGGUCACAUACACAAUCACUGUGGUUCUUUCAAACUAUGAUGCAGACUUUCUGAGUAGCUUACGGACCCGUCUGAAGCAACUUCACCCGUCGGCCAACUGCAGCUUGAGAGACGACCACAUGGUUCACAUCCACUUCAAGGAGGAGAUCGGCAUCGCUGAACUAAUUCCCCUCGUCACCACAUACAUCAUCCUUUUCGCCUAUAUCUACUUCUCCACCCGUAAGAUUGACAUGGUGAAGUCCAAGUGGGGCCUGGCUCUGGCUGCUGUGGUCACAGUCCUCAGCUCCCUGCUCAUGUCUGUGGGACUGUGUACUCUGUUUGGCCUGACGCCCACGCUGAACGGAGGUGAGAUCUUCCCUUACCUUGUUGUCGUGAUCGGCCUGGAAAAUGUGUUGGUCCUCACUAAGUCUGUGGUUUCCACCCCCGUUGACCUUGAGGUCAAACUUCGAAUUGCUCAGGGCCUUAGUAAUGAGAGCUGGUCUAUCAUGAAGAACAUGGCCACUGAGCUGUGCAUCAUCCUGAUUGGAUAUUUCACUUUGGUCCCAGCUAUCCAGGAGUUUUGUCUUUUUGCUGUCGUGGGGCUCGUUUCUGACUUUUUUCUGCAGAUGUUUUUCUUCACAACAGUCCUGUCUAUAGAUAUUCGCCGUAUGGAGCUGGCUGACCUGAACCGCCGGCUUCCCGCCGAAGCCGGCCUGCCUCCUUCAAAGCCGGGACCCCUGCGAACACGUGAGGCCCCUCCUCCACCUCGGCCCUCCCCUCACACAAUCACUCUGCAGACCCCGGCCUUCAGGAACCUGAGGCUCCCUAAAAGACUCCGUGUUGUGUACUUCCUGGCCCGCACACGCCUGGCCCAGCGCAUCAUCAUGGCUGGUACGGUAAUCUGGAUCGGCAUCCUCGUCUACACGGACCCGGCUGGAAUCCGCACCUACCUGGCUGCGCAGGUGUCCGAGCAGAGCCCCCUCGGGGACUCCGGCGGAGGUGCUUUAAGCCCCCAUCUGUCAGUGGCACCGGUUUUCCGUGGUGGGGAUCCUACCAGUACCCUGAGCAUCCACCGUGCUCCGGCUCCAACUCCCCUACCUGAAAACCAAUCACAAGGUCACCUUGGCCCAGCAGGACCUCUUCCCCACGCCCCACCCUCAGUGCCUCAGAUCACCUGGGGGGCCGAAGAUGAGGAAGGAUGGAGGAGAUUGUCUUUUAGACAUUGGCCGUCGCUUUUCAGCUACUACAAUAUCACUUUAGCAAAGAAGUACAUCAGCCUUCUCCCGGUAAUUCCAGUCACGAUUCACUUGAGCCCCCAGGAGGCCAUUGACACGCGUCACCCUCAGGACACAAGACACCCUCCUCCACCAAUCCCUAAAGUUUCUGCAGAUAUACAGACAGAUCUCACCCUCUACAAGGUGGCUGCUUUGGGCCUGGCUGCAGGGGUCCUGCUGGUUCUUCUGCUCUUCUGCCUCUACCGUGUUCUCUGCCCCCGUAACUACGGCCGAAACGGUGUUGCUCACGGGCGUCGGCGACGAGGCGACCUGCCCUGCGACGAUUACGGUUAUUCUCCACCUGUCAGUGAGAUCUCUCCUCUGCUGCUGAGGGGACACAGUAUGGACAUCGAGUGUUUGGCUAGCGAUGGGAUGCUGCUGGCCAGCUGUUGCUUGGCGGGACAGAUCCGUGUUUGGGAUGCACAGACUGGUGACUGCCUGACGGUCAUCCCAAAGCAAGGAUUAAGACGACGCAGCAGCAGUGGCUGUUGGGAGCAGCGAGACGUCUGGGACACGAUAACUGCAGAGUCCGACUGUGCCUGUGAAUCUAGAGACCCGAAUCUCGGCUGUGACGGGGUAUCUGAGGACGACUGCUACCCGCUGAGACAUCGCACCGCUCCGACCCGGCCGCCUCUCUUCACCGACCAGCCCGAUCUGACUCCGCUCAUCGACACCAACUUUACCUCCCAGCCGCCCUCCAACCUCGCCACGCCACCCAGAGGAGGGUUUGACUUCGGAGGGCUGGUGGAGCGCGCCUACAUGGAGCAUGAGCCUCCGUCACCCUCUACAUAUCCGUCUCCUUCCUCCGCCUCCUCCUCGCCUCCUUCAGCCACACAUCUUCAGAGGACCCUGAGCCUGGGGGACGCAUCCGGACCCCCAAACCAGGCCGCCGGGGCUGGGACGCAGUCCACUGGAGACUGGGAAAGCUCCGUCUGGGCCAUGGAGCUGAGAGGGAAUCUGAUCGCUGCUGGGAGGAGCAGCGGCAAACUGGAGCUGUGGGAUGCAGUAGAGGGGUCUCUGCGGUGCAGUAAUGAAGAUGGAGUCUCUGGUAUCACCGCGCUGGCGUUUCUUAACAACAGAAUCGUGGCAGCGCGACUGAACGGGUCGUUAGAUUUCUUCACUGUUGAGAUUAACAAACCUCUGGGUCUGCUGCAGUACAGAGGUGCCCCCGGGCGAGGCAGCAUGCCCCCGUCUCCCUGUUACAGCAGCGAGGACCUUAUCAGCUGUCAGCUCACUCGCUCUGUGCAGUGUGCCCACCAGAAGCCGAUCACUGUGCUGCGAGCGGCCGCAGGCAGGGUGGUCACCGGCAGCCAAGACCACACAGUCAGGGUUUAUCGUCUGGAGGACUCCUGCUGCCUUUUUACCCUGCAGGGUCACUCUGGGGGCAUCACAGCCAUCUACAUUGACCAGACGAUGGUUCUAGCGAGCGGUGGGCAGGACGGCGCCAUCUGCCUGUGGGAUGUCCUGACAGGAAGCCGCGUCAGCCAUGUCUACGGUCACCGUGGCGACGUCACAUCCCUGGUCUGCACUACCUCUUGUGUCAUCAGCUCAGGACUGGAUGACCUCAUCUGUAUCUGGGACCGCAGCACUGGCAUCAAACUGUACUCCAUACAGCAGGAGGUUGGCUGUGGGGCCAGUCUCGGUGUGAUCUCAGAGUCUCUGCUGGUGACGGGGGGCCAGGGCUGCGUCUCCUUCUGGGACCUGAACUUCGGCGACUUGCUGCAGACCGUCUACCUGAGCCAGAGCGGCGACGGUCAGGGCGUCCGGCAGCUGCUGGUGCUGGACAACGCCGCCAUCGUCUGCGACUUCGGCAGCGAGCUCAGCCUGGUUUAUGUUCCCUCAGUGCUGGAGAAACUGGACUGAGGAAGAUGGGCAGCUGGCACUGGGUGGGAAACACUCACUCGGCUCUAUCAUCUUACUUUUUUUUUUUCCAUAUCAAUUAAGAGAAGUUCAGAUGUUGAGAAAGGAAAAAAAAACUAUCUCAAGGGUCAUGGGAUAUGAAAUCAAAUCCAACAUUCCCCAUCUUUUUGUUCAUUUUAAGUGUGAGUUUGUGCAUUUGCUUCGUUGCUCUGCCCUUGAUGCUGCUGACUUGGUUGGAACUUUCUGUGAUCCGACCCUCUGAAUGAGGAAGAUGGAGCAGUUUCAUGUUUUGUCUGUUUUUUUGUUGUUUUUUUUAAAUAUUCCUGCUGUGCCGUUUCACUUGACAGAAAAAUGAAGUCACAGUUCUGCAGCCUGUCGGGAUGAACAGAGUUAUGCGAGAGUGUUUUUGUGUGUGUGUGUGUAUGAAACCUAAUCCAAGGCUCCCCUCCCCCCCAAGCAAACACCUUCUGAAAGGAAGAACUUGUGAGGAAGUGUGUAUGUGUGUGUGUGAGUGAGUUGGGAUGGAGGGAGAACUGGUGAUUACUGUAAAAAGUAAACCUCCGGUGGAGGAUGUUUUUAUAUGUAUAAAUCUAUUAUUUAUUAGCAAUAUGUUUUUAAGUAACAGUUUGUUUGUGAGUGGCUAAUCCCAACUCUUAAACUUCAAUACUAAGUGGAAAUGAUGAUGACUUUAAAUGUAGGUAGGUGUUUGUUUGGCAACGUUGAGCCAACGUUUUAAACUGUCUGUUUUUAAUAUGAAGCUGGAAAGUGUUGGAGGCGUUGAGUCCAAACUGCCUCUGAGUCCUGCGUGACUGGGCGGGAUUGGGGGCGGAGUCUGAUUCACGCUACUCCUUCAUCAGGCUACCUCCAUUCUUGAAUUUUGUUGACUGAUGAUGUUGUGCACGAGUUCUCACCGCCUUCUUUACGCUUGAUUCGCCUUCUGAGGUUAUUUUUCCGAAUCAUUUUCUUUGGGUCAAGUUCAGACUUCCAAACCCAAAGUAAACCUCCGCAACUUUAUCAUUUUCCUUCCCAGUAGUAGUAUAAAAGAAAACAUGUCAUUUUGGUCAUUUUUUAGGUUCCCAUGAACUAAAUCAAUGCCAUGCACUGGGACGUUGUUACUGAAGGAAGUUAACUAUUUCUAUAUCAGUAAAGUGUUUAAAAAUGAAGCUUAGAAAGUGGAAGAAGCAAUUUAACAGGAAUUUUGGUUCAUUCAGGCUGCAAGAGUCUAGAUAAUAAAAGUUAAAGAAGCUGGAUCUGGAAAUGUUGGCAGGCUCUUUAACAGAGUGGAGGUAAGGUUUUACAUUUACCAGUGAAAGUGAUGUUCAAAACGCGUUAAUCUCUAAAGUGGUUUAAAAAUGCCAAGCUCUGUAAUGUUUUUUUUCUACCCUCCGGGUUUUUUUUUGUGGGCUCUAGUGUCCCUUAUAUGACAGUAGGCUGACAGGAGAGGGGGGAAGACAUGCGGCAAAUGUCGGUCGGGUCCGGGAAUCGAACCCGCAACGGCCGCGUCGAGGACUGAAGGCCUCCAAAUGUGGGUCGUGCUAACCCCUACGCCGCAGCGCUAUAAUGUUUUACAGUAAUUCCUGCAUCAGAAAUGCUCAGUUUAAAGUUGCUUCCACUCAUGACAGGAAGACGAGAGUAAAAUAUUUUUAAAAUGUUAAUUAUAGCGGAAUGGCAAUUUGAGUCAAAGUUUUACAGACCCGCAUGUCUGACCGGUGCAUCUCUACUAAAAGCUGAACUUUAAAGUUAGGAGUUUUGCUGUGAGAGCCAGUCAGACAUCAGAGAGAUUAAGCUGUAUAAAAAUGUAACUGAACCCUUGGUACUUUUCCAAGUUGCAUUCUUUGAAUUACCUGCAGAUUUACAGAUCAGGGAAACGCUUUCAUUAGACCAAAAAGAAAAUAGAAAAUCUGUAUUUUUCUGCACAGAUUUUCGUUUCAGAUUUCUAAAACUCAGCAACUUCUAUUGAUCCCUUUUAACCCAGAAGCAUUCAUUAGACUGAAUAAAAGGAAUCAAAGUUAUGUUCCCUGAUCUCCUCACUUGCGGUUUAGAAAACUGUUGAGAAUGUAAUCCACAUCAUCACAUGAUCGACCUUCCUCCCCCCUCCUCCCCCAAGCAAAGAAAAUCCAAACUGUAUUUUCUCCAUCUUCCCAGCUACAGUUUGUCUUCUGAAUGUAGCCGCAGGUCAUCCGCGUUAUUCCCUCACAACAUGAACUGAGUGCACUACUAACUGACUCUGUUUGAUAUGUUCACACAUUUUAAUGCACUUUUUGCUAAAGUCGGCCUGCGGUUGGGAGCGGUGGGUGCGUUUAGGCUCCCACACAACAUCCGCAGCAGUGGUUUCUCUGGGACGCUGCCAACGUGUUUACAUUCAGGGAACAAGCAGCUGACCCUCGCAGAUCAUGAGAACUCCGGUUUUCCAAUUAUGAUUCAAACAAGCAGUCAAAUUGCACCUGCAUCCCACAGAAACCAGGCCAUGUUAGCGCCUUGUUCGUUUGUUUCCUGCUGUCUCGUCAAGAAAAGCUUUGGACUUAGAUUUGUGUAGUUUUUUUUUUUUUUUUAUAUUGUUUUCUAACUGGUUUUCUUCUAGAAAUGUGAAUGAGUUAAAGCUGAAGUUUGGCAUUUUAGAAAAUAUAAAUGGUUUUAUGUGCUCAGAACAGAAUAUUUACAUCCAGGUAGAACAACAGCACAAGGCAUAAAAAAAUAAACUGAAGUAAAGUCUUCCUUAAAGGGAUAAAUCUACCCUGUGGAGAUUUUUUUCAUUGCUGCUAAAUAUUAGAACAACAUGACUAAUAAUGAAAUUAUACAAGGAUUAGGGCCACUGACUCUGCCUUUCUUUCCUCUGAAUUUGAAACAUAUCAGAACUGACUUCAAUCUGGCAAAAAAAAACUCUCUUAGCCAAAAAAAGAAAUAAUUUACUUUUUGAUAGAGACAAUGUUUUGACUUAUGUCAACUUUGACAUUUUUCUGACCAAGUUCAUUGUUUUCCUUGCAGAAAAAGGGGGGAAAAAAAAUCAGUUACUUUCAGAGAUCCCUCAGCAAAAACAACUGACAAAAAGUCAGAAAUUUAGCUUUUAUUCACCUGAAUUCAGACAUUUUUCCCUCUCUGCAUUUGAGAAACGAGUCAGAAUUCUUAAUUUUUAAUCUUAAAAAAAAAAACAAACCCAUCUUCAGAAACCCAUUAUCCAAAACAAGCAAAAGAAUCCCUUAAAUCCACCAGGAAAGUUAUUUCUCCUCCUGCACAACUAACAUCUUUGAAGCCGGUUGCUCUGAGGUGACCAUCUUAACAGAACACCCUCCACCCCAAAAUUCAGUGGCUCUAUCUUUUUCUAUAAAAUGAUCAUAGGCGUUGAACCCACAUUUUUCUCACUCUUCCUUGUUCCAUUCCAUUGGUUAAUCCAAUGGAAUUAACCGAACAAUAUUAAAAAUUGUUUGAUAAUUAUUCAUAUUUACCAAAAUGCCAAACAUAUUUUGAAGAGCAAGUUCACUUCAGUCUUAAGCCUUUUUCUGAAUGUUUUGGUUCAGAUACGGACCUUUUAUAAUAAUCCAUAUUCUGCAGCACUUUGCCUGGUAGCUGGUGAGCGCCGUGCUUCAUUCGAACACCUUCCCAUGCUUUCAGUUUCUCCAUAUCAAGAGUUUGUGGGUGCAGCGAGAUGCAGACAGUUCCUGUACCUGUGCAGAAAUCAGUCAAUAUAAUUUCAUCUCCACAUCUGGACAAACCUUUAAGCAGAGCAAACAAAAUCUGCAUCUUGUGAUACAUUUCUGCAGGCUGUUGUAACAGAGGUAACUUAUUUUGUAACAAAAACAUAAGACUUUGUACUAAUUUUCAAAUAAAGAGGCUUUGAUACAAUA